AUGGGAAACCGUAGUAAAAAACGGGGAGCCACUCCUCCACAAAUCGUGCCUAAGAAAAACCGUCAUCAAUCCCCUCUGCCUCUACUAAAACCACCUUUGUCCACGGUCAAAGAAAAUCGAAACACAACGUACUCACCACCUCCCGUAACGACUAAUAAUGUAACCUCCGCUCCAGUACCGUUCACUACUAGACAACGUGAUGCUCCAGCCUCACCAUCCGUCUCUGGUGAAUCCUUGUCGGGCGACUCCUAUACUUCGUCGGACACUGAAGAAAGCCUAGUCUCUUUGCUUGCUUUGCUUUGCUUUGGGAGGGGUGGCUAUGCCGUUUACUAUUCCAGGCUUGUGCCUCUACUAGUGGAUGGAUUUUGGGGUUGA